AACGUUCGUCAACAUUCUGUAUUGCAUGGGCGUUGAUGGAAGUGCUAUUUUUCGCAAAGUCGCCAAAAUCGCGUUCAUAGUCAACCAUAUUUUGCAAAUUCAAUAGAUAAGUUGGCAUUUCAUUGUCAAGCUGAACGCCGUAGCUGUUUUUUCUAAGAAUAAAAGUUCUGCGGGGUAGUCAAUAGUUUGGAAAUAUCCAAACAAAAUGGCGUCCGAUAGAAAUAAUCUCAAUAUGGGAAUGAGAUGUGUGAAAUAUAUGAUUUUUGUUAUUAAUUUCAUGUUCUUGCUCACAGCCAUCCUCCUGGUUACGGUUGGAACAGCGAUCAGAACAAUUUUUGGCGAUUUCGAUACAUUCAUCGAUUCACACUUCUUCUCUCCAGCCCAUUUGCUGGUAGCUAUCGGGUUCAUAAUGAUGGUUGUCUCAAUAUUUGGAUGUAUCGGAGCAGUCAGAGAGAGCACAGCUAUGAUAAAUAUUUACGGUGUUCUUCUGGCUAUAGUAUUCAUUCUAGAAGUUGCGGCUGCAAUUUCGGCCUUUGCACUUCGCGGACAAGUUAGCGAAAUGGUUCGUCGUACUAUAAAUGUGGCGAUGUAUGACUAUACUACAGAUCCCUAUGCCCAACAGUCUAUGGAUUAUAUGCAAAGGGUGCUCGAAUGCUGUGGUAUAGACUCGUAUAUGGAUUGGGAGCACUUUUUGCUUAAUACCAGCAACAUCGAAGUACCUCAAUCAUGCUGUAUCGCGUCGACCCUGGAGGAAAGCUGCGUUCCUUAUUCAUAUGGUUGCUACCCUCGGCUAGGAUUUGUCAUUGCCCAAAGUGCCGCUUUGAUCGCUACAGGGGCAACUACGGUAGCCUUCGUGCAGAUCCUGGGAAGCAUUUGUGCUUUCAUGUUGGCCCGCACUAUCCGUCGUACAAAAUCUUUGAGGGAGACACGCCGUUGGCAGUUGCAGCAGAGUUUGGGUAUCAUGACUAAGCCGCAUGAUCCGAGCUACACUCAGAUGGAGAAUACCGAGAAGGAUGCUGACUCAAAAAUGUAUUCACCCAACAGUCCCAGUGUGAAUUAAAUGACUAGAUAGUGCAUAGAAGUCGGAAUGUUACUUAAUUGACAAAAAAAUGUUGUGUUUUCUAUAAUUGUGAUUCUUCUGCCAUAGUCAAAGCUGAUUGUACUGUGUUGUUUAUAACACGUGUAAAAAUAAAUCACUUUCGAGAUAUGAUUAUAUUCUA